AUGGCAGAGUCUGACAGCAAAGUUGUGCAAGCUAAGUUGGUUCUUCAAGGAGAUAUGGGUACUGGAAAAACAAGUUUAGUGUUGCAAUAUGUAAGAGGACAGUUCUUUGAUAGUCAGGAAGCAACCAUAGGAGCAGCAUAUUUCACUAAAACAAUAUCAUUCGACGAAGCAAGCAUUAAAUUUGAUAUAUGGGAUACUGCAGGACAAGAACGAUACCAUAGCUUGGCUCCUAUGUAUUAUCGCAACGCAACAGCUGCCCUUCUUGUUUAUGAUAUCUCAAACAUGCCCAACAUCGCAAGGGAUGAAGGUAAAGCUUGGAGUGAAAAGAUUCUUGGGGAUGCGAUAGUUGAUAGUUGGACUGACAAGGUAUUUGAGGCAUCAAUGGAUGGCACGAGGCUAUCCUCUGGUUGGAAUUGUGAUUGA